GUUGCCCAGAAAAUGCGUGUUCUUUACUGGUUUUAUUAUGCUUGUUAAAGACAAUCGAUACUUUAAAAAGGUCACGAAACAAUCAUCAGUGGGAAGGAAUGGGCAGCCCACAGUCUCAACCCAAACCCAAAAGAUAACAAUCAACAAAUAAGGCCCACUUUCUGAUUCAGCCACAGCCCACAAACAGAUGCAAAGCCGGCCGGAAACUGCCGUUGGGAACAGGCGUGACAAUAAGUGGCUAAUUUUAAGUUGUCAAAAAGCUCAGAAUUUGCAGACUUGUUCCAAACUCCAUAACCCCACAAAUGACUUUUCGAAAGUUUCUCAAGACCCUGAAAGCUGUUAAAAAUUGCUCCCCAUCAACCCUUUCUUCAAAACCUUAUCAUCAACACUUACCAGACUUAAUCUCCAAAUUCCUAGCAAUUUCCAAGCCCCUUAAUGCCUCUACUCUGUCCGAUCUCAAUCCCACCAUUUUCCAUGAUAUCCUCGCAAACCCAGAUCUCAAACCCUCCAAAUGCUUCCAUUUCUUCAACUUGGUCGUCAAAAACCAAUCUUUGGUUUCCUUCAAGCCUGAUCUCCAAGCCCACCUGACCCUUAUUUCUAGGCUUCUCAAAGCCAGGUUGUUUUCGGAUGCUGAAUCUGUGUUAAAAUCUCUGUCGAUUAAUGAAAAUCCCAGGUACCCUUUUCUUGUUAUAGCUUCUGCUGUUGAGAAUUGCUGUUUUGAGUCUAAAGUUAUGGCAAAGUUUUUUAAUUUGAUGCUUAAAGUUUACUCUGAUAAUGGAGAAUUUGGUGAAGUAGCAAAGACUUUUGAUUAUAUGAAGAAUAAUGGGAUUAAGAUUGAUGAGAGAACUUGUACUGUUCAUUUAAUUGCUCUUAAGGGAGCUGAUGAAUUGGGCUUGGCUUUAGAUUUCUUUUAUCAAAUGGUAGAAACAGGUCUUGAAAUUUCUGUUUAUUCACUGACAGCUGUGGUUGAUGGGUUGUGUAGAAAUGGGGAUAUAAAGAAAGGUAGAGAAAUGGUGGAGGAGAUGGCUGGUAGAGGGAUUAAAGCCAAUGUAAUAACUUAUAAUACACUAAUAGAUUCUUGUGCAAAAAGAUGGAAUUUUGAGGAGUUAGAUUUGGUGUUAGGUUUGAUGGAAAAGGGAGGAGUGGAAUUUAAUAUUGAGACGUAUAAAUUUUUGAUUGAUGGGUAUACAAGCUAUGGGAAAAUCAAAGAAGCUGACAGGUUGGUUGAGGAGAUGCAUGAUAAAGGUUUGAGAGUUGAUACUUAUUUGUAUAAUUUGAUGAUAAAUGGCUAUUUGAAAUCAGGAUCACUAGAGAGUGUGUUAUUGUUGUUUGAUAGAAUGAGCAACAGAUGUAUAAAGCCAAAUGUCGAUACAUAUUGGCCGCUAAUAAACGCGUAUUCUAACGUUCGAGAAAUGGAAGUGGCAAUGAAGUACGUACAUGAGAUGCAAAAUAAGGGAUUUGAGUUGGACAAGGUUAUUUAUGAUAUGUUGAUUGAUAGAUUUUGCCUGAAUGGGAUGGUUGAUGAAGCUUUUGAGUUGCGAAUUGAGAUGGAGAGGAAAGGAUUUCAUGCUGACAUAUCUUUAUGUAAUCAGAUGGGGAAAUUAUUGUGUGAAAUGUAUCAGACUGAGAAAGCAAAGAUGCUGCUGAACAUAAUGAUUAAAAGGGGUAUAUGCCCUAAAUCGCUAAGCUUCACAUCCGCAAUCAGCUAAUAAUUCAUAGAAAGAAAUUUAGUGG